AUGGGGCGGGGGAAGACGCAAGUGAAGCUGAUAGAGGACCGGACGAGCCAGCAGGUGCCCUUCUCCAAGCUCCGCAGUGGCUUGCACAGGAAGGCUUUCCAGCUCUCCGUGCUCUGCGACGCCGAGGUCGCCCUCGUCGUCUUCUCCCCAGGCGGCAGGCUCUACGAAUUUGCCAACGCUGGCAUGCAGAAUACAAUUGGACGAUAUAAUGAGACAAGCACAAAGGAUAGAACCAGCAGCCAGACAGUACAUCAAGAUAUAGAGAAAAUAAAAGCAGAUGCAGAGGCCUUGUCAAAGAAGCUCCAUGCUCUUGAAGCAUACAAAAGGAAAGUUUUGGAUUCUAAUUUAGAAGAAUGCUCUAUUGAAGAACUGCAAAGCUUAGAGGACAAAACUGAAAAAAGCCUUCUUAGCAUCCGAACAAUGAAGACUCGGCGGUUGGAAGAGCGGCUCGCUAAGCUGAGGCAGAAUGUGGUGAAGUUGAGCCACCACAAAGAAGAACUAUAUUGCCAGUACCAGAAGGAGCACCACCUUGCGAUGGCGGCGGCAGCCUCUGCUAUGGCAACCUUCCCAGCCGACGAAGACCACCAUGACGUCAUGGAUGUGGAGACGGAGCUAUUUCUUGGAUUGCCUGGCUCAAGUCGUUCAUGA